CUGGCUCGCAGUUUGACGUCAUCCCUUAGUUGUCACGCAGGCUGUCAAGAGUCGCUCAGUGCGCUUCUCCCGCAGCCACAUGCGCUCCUAAGCACGAGCGUUGCGUUUAUUUUAAGAAGCGUUCCAUGAUUUCUGCUCUUCUCCGGCUGUUAGUGUAAUCUGCAGAACAACAAGCUGCCUCCGAACCACCGACGCUCUCUGCUCUCCUCUGCCCGCUGCCGCAUCUCCUCUGUUUUUCCGGUUUGUCCGACGCAAGGAGGCGUGAUGGAGAAGAUGUCCCGCCGGCACCCUCUGCCGCUUAAUCCCGCCUUUCUGGCGCCGAACCCGCAUGGAGUUCUGAAGUCCCUGCUAGAGAACCCGAUGAAGCUACCGCUGCAUCAUGAAGCUUGUAGCAAAGAGCAGGAGAAAGAGAAGAACCUGGAGGAAGAGUGCAAUGCCCCUCAGUCAGCUUUCCUGGGACCAACUCUGUGGGACAAAACCCUCUCCUAUGAUGGAGACACCUUUCAGCUGGAGUACAUGGACCUGGAAGAGUUCCUGUCGGAGAACGGGAUCCCGGCCAGCCCCUCCCAGCACCAGCAGGACCAGCACCAAGCACACCACGCCCUGCAACGCCCGCCGCCCAUCAUGACCACAGUGCGGCCCACCCCGGCACGCUCGGUGAUGGACCUCAGCAGCCACGCCUCCACAUCCAUCGUCUCCCCCAACUGCCUGCACAGCAGCCCAGCAGCCGCAGGCCUCCCAAACUCCAGAAACACUCCCAGCCCCAUUGAUCCAGAGUCCAUCCAGGUUCCAGUCAGCUAUGAACCCGACCCGGCGGACUUGGCUCUGUCCAGCGUUCCGGGUCAGGAGAUCUUUGAUCCACGCAAGCGCAAAUUCUCUGCCGAGGAGCUGAAGCCUCAACCAAUGAUCAAGAAGGCACGGAAGGUUUUCAUUCCCGAAGAUCUGAAGCAGGAUGAUAAAUACUGGGCACGGCGCAGGAAGAACAACAUGGCUGCGAAGCGUUCCCGCGACGCUCGGCGGCUCAAGGAAAACCAAAUAGCCAUCCGGGCCUCUUUCCUGGAGAAGGAAAACUCUGCUCUGAGACAGGAGGUGGCUGACCUAAGGAAGGAGCUUGGACGGGCCAAGAACAUCCUGGUCAAGUAUGAGGCCCAGCACGGGCCGCUGUGAUGAGGACCUUUACAUCACACACACCAGCGACCCUCAAUGCAUGCAGUUCUUAUUCCAACUGACUCAACUCUCCUAAACUACAACAUUAAAUUAACCUUCAGGCAGCAUUUUUUCUCAGUCAUUUUGUGUUUCAACCACACAACGAAUCCUUUAUUUUCUUUAAGCAUCAGACUUACAUGAACUGUGACUUUAACCUGCUCUGAGUCGAGUCAAAAAAACCACACCCGCGCAAAUAUUUCUGCGUGUGUGGACUUCUGAGCCCAAGAUCUGAUUCUCCACCUUCGUCCUUUCACUCCUGUUCAUCAUCAUCCUCCCUCCCAGCACUUUAGAACAGUGGAUGUGUGCUACAGACUCUGCCCCCUGCAGGUGUGUUCCAACAGUACACCUGUUUACAUGUAUAUACUUGGCCCUGAAGACUGUACACAAAUAAUCUCUGCCGCCUCCAGGUCUAUGAGACUGCCUCCUCUUUAUAUCUGAAGUCCUCAACCAGAUUUAAUGUUUAUGGCUUGUAGAAAUAUAUGGAGUUCAAAAAACAAAAGAAACUAUUUAUUUCCUGCUAGAGAUCUAUUUUUUUAUUGUUUACGCCCCCAAAAUAAUGGAAGCUUACAUAGUAGCUUUAAAUCCAUUAGGGAAGGUGUCUUUACACGCUAUAAAAUAUGAAAAAUCUUUAUUAAAAGUAGAACCCAAAGAGAUUCAGCACUUUCGUUUAGCUUGUUUUGAAGGCCCCUAGUGGAGAGGUUCAGGGUUCUGCAGAGCCCUCACUCAGGUUCUUUCACACUGCCGGAUUGGCUCUGAUAAAAAAAAAAAAGAAAACAGACUUGGUUUUCAUUUUUAAUUUAAU